ACCUCGUCCACCAUCACCACCUCGUCCACCUCCUCGCCCCUGCCGGCAGCUCGUACGUGAACCGGGUGGAGGCGCGGGUGGCAGCACAUCUCAUCAGCUUCAUGCUGUCGCGUCCGGAGGAUCGCUGGCUGGGAGUCAUCACCCCCUACCUGGCCCAGAAGCACCUCAUGGCGAAGAUGCUGGCCGACAGCCUCGGAGGAAGAGCCAGGCACGUGGACGUGAACACGGUGGAGGGAUUCCAGGGCCAGGAGCGUGACUACAUCGUGGUGACGUGCGUGCGCGCGCACAGCUCCUCCGCCAGGGGAAUCGGAUUUCUGGCGGAUCGCAAGCGUCUAAAUGUGGCGCUCACGCGCGCCAAGUACUCGCUCAUCAUCGUGGGCCACCUCCGAACACUCCAGGUUAUCGAGGACUGGAAGAGCCUCAUCAGCAACGCCCACUCGCGGGGCGCCAUCGUGAGCACCACCGAACGCGACUUCGAGCACGACCUCCGCAGGGUCAUGAAGCCGGCGGCGGCGGCGGCGGCGGCGGCACCCAAGCACCCGCGACAACAGCCCCUGCUUCCGCCGCUUCCGCCGCUUCCGCUUCCGCCGCUUCCGCCGCUUCCUCCCGACGAACCCUGGCACGAGCGGAAUGUCGUCAUCAGGCGCCGCUGUUCCGCCGACGACGCCGGGAGGCUCUCCACCUCGUCGGCGCCGCCCUGCAGCAUCCUCAAAGCCAGCUGCGGUGGCAGCGGCACCAAGCAGCCGUUCCGAUCGGUGCGCUUCAACAUCCCGCCAACUUCCACCGCCGCCGCCGCCGCUUUGCUGGGAUUGCCGCUCCCACCGGCAGUCGGGGAGCGGACGGAGCGUGGGGGCGGCGGCGGGGGCGGCGGUAGGGGCGGUAGGGGCGGUAGGGGCGGCGGCAGGGGCGGAGGGGGCGGUAGGGGAGGCUCCACCCCGCCGUAGCCGAGCAACAAGCGCGGUGGACGCUUUUGUUUUUGGGCGCCCAAAAUCGCGCUGCGGGCGGGCACGCACGUUGAAGGACGAAAACAACAGCGGCGGCAAGCAGUCCUGAAGGCGGCAGGGUGCGUUCCAGACGGCCCGCGGGAGCAGCGCGUCUGGAAGCGCCGCCGCCGCCGCGCGACGGUGAUGCAUGCGGUGACCGCCGUGCGAAGGCGAGCCAAAAGCCGCCGUUGCUGCUGGGAGGAUGACGCCCGCCGGAAUUUGCGCGGUGAUGUUGGUUUUUUUAUUGCUCCUCGACGAGGAGCCGGGAAGGAGGAGGGAGACGAAGGGUGAAACAGCACAGGUUGUGCCGCAGUUGUAAAUACAUUGGGUUGUGGCAAUCAAGUUCGGUUAUUGUUGCUACGGUUUGUGUUAAUUUUUUUAAACGGUUUAUUUUUUUGUUGGGGGCCGGGGGGGGUGGGGAGGCACUUUCAAUUCCUGGUACGCGAUGAUGCCGAAAGAUUGUCGCCUUUGUGUGCCCCUCCGCUCUUCUCGACUGGAGGUUACGUGGUGGGGUGGGCAGGGCCCGGGGUUAACGUGUCGCCGGGAGACCUUUGUCGACGUGACGUUUUACGCACGCAAGCAACGCCGAGUAAGAAAAAUAUAUAUAUUUUUUUGCGAGGGUGGUGGAGGUGGGGCGGUUUUAAUUUUUCACGGGAACCCCGGGGACUUCGGCUCGCGCACACGGACGGGCCGCCGACGCUCUGCUCGCAUUCCUCGUUCUCAUUUUGCGGAGGGAGUGCCACAACCACGGCCCGCGGUGGCUAAAAGAGGUUCACUGCCUCGCCCGGUACGCAGGAGGUGUCGUGGGUUCUGAUCCCGAUCCUGACGCCGCCUGUGUAUUUGGAGUUUGCGUGUCUCUCCUGAUCAUAAUCAUCAUCACGGUCGU